AUGCAUGUUUACCUAAAAUUGCUUUUCUGUUGCGAGGCAAGUAUUUAUUUCCAGUAUGUUAAAGAAGGAUUCAACAGAGGUGAUGUAAAGAAAGCAUUGUUGCAGUCACUUUAUGAACAGCGUAAAGAAGAACACAGACAAAAGUUGGAACUACAAUCAACGCAAAGUAAAAUCAUCGAUGACUUCAAACUUGUUGAGAACAAACAUCAGAAAGGGAAAGGAAUAGAAAAGCAGACAUAUAAUAAUAGCAAUAGUACACAACGGAGGAGUUUAAGAUUGCAAAAAACUGCAGGAAAAAUUAGAAAUCUGUCGGAAGAGAAGGCAAGAGUUGAGAUUGAACGAGCACAAAGUAAAAAGAAAACAAAACCCAAAAUUGUGAGUUUGGAAAAUAAAAGAGGAGAAGCAAAGAGAAAAGUAUUAGGUGGAAAACAGAAACAGAAAGAAGGAUAUUUCGAAAAAGUUGCUUUGAAAAGUGAACAAAGUUGCCAAAAAGCUCUAUGCAGAAUUCCGGAUAUUCAUUCUCUGCCAUCCACGACGGACUUUAUCAGAUUUGUAUCCUUGGAUUAUUCUGAUGAUCCAGAAGAUUUGCCUGAAGAAUUACGACAUUUUCGACAAAUUCCAUUAGUCUCUAUUCCAGAAGUGCCAUAUGUUGCUUCUCGAGGUGCUUGUUGGUUUCCAGCUCAGUAUCAGCGGGUUGUGUUUAUCGUCAUUGAUGCUUUACGUUAUGAUUUUGUUAAACCAACCCAGCUAAAUACCACUUAUAGCAAUCAGUCAUAUUCCGGUCAUUUCCCUACCAUUACUCAUUUGCUCAUUCGUGAAAGUGAAUCUGCAGUUUUGAUGCAUUUCAUUGCUGAUCCUCCUACCACGACAAUGCAACGCUUGAAAGCGUUAACUACUGGUUCUCUUCCUACGUUUAUUGAUAUAGGUUCAAAUUUCGCUAGUUAUGCUGUCCUAGAAGAUAACUGGAUCGAUGAAAUUAUUGAAACAAAUAGAAGCAUUGUUUUUCUUGGGGACGAUACGUGGGUUUCACUUUAUCCAAAUCACUUCAAGCGUAGUUAUCAUUUGCCGUCUUUCGAUGUGAACGACUUGAAUACUGUUGAUCGAAUGAUUUUAGAUAAUCUUUAUCACGAACUUGCAAAAUCAGAUUGGACUGUAUUAAUUGCACAUUUCCUUGGAGUUGACCACUGUGGUCAUAAAUAUGGUCCUGACCAUCCAGAAAUGCUUAAAAAAUUGAAGCAAAUGAAUGAGAUGUUGGCUAAGGUCAUCAGUUCCUUAGAUACUGAAACUUUACUAAUAGUAAUGGGUGAUCAUGGUAUGACCAAUAGCGGAGACCAUGGAGGUGAUGAACCACAAGAAAUUGAUGCAGCACUAUUUAUGUAUGCAAAGAAGCAAGUAGUUUUUGGAAAGCCACCCAUAUCUGUUUCACAGGUUGAUAUUGUGCCAACAAUUAGUUUGUUGCUUGAUUCACCGAUUCCAUAUUCUAACAUUGGGACCUUAAUCGACUGUACUGUAGUGCAGAAACACCGAGCAAUGGCAAUCAGCAGUAAUGCUGAGCAAAUGAUGCGCUAUGGACGAACUGUCGUAGCACAAACACAGUUGCCUGAACUAGAUUUGUUAAUACGUAAUUUCGAGCAAAAUGGAAAUUUGGAAAAUUCUCUUGAGUACAUGCAUCAACUGCAAGAACUUUUACGUUCUUUUUGGACUGAAUUCAAUGAAAACUUCAUGCGCAUUGGCUUCUUGUCAUUACUUGACACCACAUUAGCAGUUUAUAAUUCUCUGUAUGCAGGAAACAUUUCAUUCUCCUCGUUGGUUUUCCGUUCCGGGUUAUUUUUACUUCAAGCAUCAACUUUCUUAAUUGGAGAUGAAGAGAAUUACAUCGCGAUUUUGGACUUCCUGUUAUCAUUCUCUCUCAUUAUCCAACUAAUUCGAGCAGCUAGAACAUUCUUCUCGUUUACGGCAAAAUUUUGGGAAAUUUCUGUUUUUUGUAUCUUUGUGGCCUAUGCAUCGUCCUUCUUUUCAAACAGUUUCAUUGUUUUCGAAUCAUCUAUAGUGCGUUUUCUAACGCAAACUGUCGUUGUUAUUGCAUUUUGGCAAUCGUUUUUAAACAGAAAAUUUAAUUGUCGACAAAGAUUAAAAUCAUUUUUGGAUAUUUUAAAAAUUCGUUUUGGUUGGCAGCGUUCAUUUGCUUUCAUUAUCAUAGUUGCAAUUUUACGCAUAGGCAUUAUUUUUGAAAAAUGUCGUGAGGAGCAGCAAAAUUCAUGUGAAGCUACUAUAUUCUCGAGAUCGUUUUCACGGAUUCCUCAUGGUCCAUACAAAGUUAUGCGAUCUCUAUUCGGUGUUUCGGUAAUAAUUAUUGCUGCUUAUUUUGCGAAGAAAGCUUUGCGAAAGUAUCCAUCUGAAACAAUGACUUCAGCUUUGAUUUAUCCUACAGCAGUCACUGGUGUAGCAUCGUGGAUAUCUCAUUGGCUUCCUGAAGAUACUCUUGAGUACUUUGCUUCAUUCUCAUUAGUUACAGCCCAAAUUGUUUACGGGCUCUCUUUUAUUAAUUUGAUGACAAUUUGUUUUCGUGCUACUCUAAAUAGAGGAAAAUUCUGGCAUCAUAUUGGCUGCACAAUGUCAUACAUUGUGUGUAUAUCAUCUGUUUUGCUAUUAAUUUUGGAUGAUGGCCUUGCAUCCAGUUUUAUUUUGUUAAUUACUGCAGUCAUGCUUAUCCCAUAUGUAGUUGACGACGAACAUUACCAGUUAGCAUUUAUUGCAUUCUUAUCAUCACAUGGAUUUUUUGCUUUAUCGCAUCAACCAGUCUUUACAGCAAUCCCCUGGCAUGCUGCUUUUGUUGGUGUUCCUGGUAAUUUUACCCCACUGGUAGUACCUGCUGCUCUCGUUAUUGCUCAUAUUUUUGCAUCACAAAUUCUUACUUGUAUUGUACUGCCCAUGCUUGUGGCUUGUCAAAGUCGUUCACAAUUGGGUCUUUCAUACUGGACUUACAAGCUGCUCUUAUUUAAUUCAUUGAAGGCGAUUUCUGCUUGCUUGAUGGCCACCAUACAUCGACGACAUUUAAUGAUGUGGAAGAUUUUCGCUCCAAAAUUCAUUUUUGAAUCAAUUUCUCUUCUUGUUUCUUGUGUUGCAUUGUUAAUAACAAAUUGCAUAUUCCGUAACUGCAUUUCAUCUACCAUCUCACACAAAAAAGUUUAG